AUGAGGCUCCGAGUCACCAUGCCCGCCGCCGGCCACCGCUCCGCCCAUGGCAUCGACACGACCCUCCUCAACGCCCUCUACUGGGAGUCGGACAAGUGCGCCACCGUCACCCAGCUUCUGUCGAGCCUCGGCCGCACCCUCCAUCGCGCCGCCGCCCUCGAGCUCAAGCGCGUCUGCCAGCAGGUGCACGACCUGCGCGGCGCCAUGCUCGCCUUUGCCGACCUCUUCCCCCUGCACCCCGAGUCCGUCUACUACUUCCUCAACCACCUCGACAUGGUCCUGCCGUCCAUUUCCAAGACGCUCGACGACAUCCAGAUCCUGUGCCCCGGCCACAGGCGGCUGGACGACGCGGGCUGGGAUCACCUCCUGGACACCAUGUUUGACGAGAGCAAUCAGAAGCUGGAGCUGGAGGCGCGCUUCAAGCUGUACACGAAAUUCUUUGACAACUUGUUCUUGGGCCUUAUACAGUCUCCCAAGUUCGAUUGGAGAAAGGCAGAGGGACUUCGCGUUCAGAUGAUGGAUCUGAGAGAAGAUAGUGGAAUGCCGCUCCCACAGGAGCUCAGCACCGUCUUUUAUCCCUUGAACGAGUUACCAGCCGCCCGAGUUCGACGACAAUCUUUUAUCGAGCACUGGGUUAUUGAGACCGUCGAUCGCAGACCCGAAGUCGCCAGCGCUUUUGAAGAAGGAUGCCUCUCGAAUUCCUUCGGGCCAUAUACUCAUUGGAACAGGACAGGAAUUCCAGACAAGUCGAAGUUCUUAUUCCGAAGGGGUUUUGAUAACGAUGCGCUCUCCGUUACGGUCCUCAUCGACCGCACCAACAGACUACCAUACGUUAUGCUGCGCACCCUGCUUGAGAAUGUACCGUUGUACGAAUGCCGGCCUCUGGCCGACCUUCGUAUCAGGCGCAGCGAGACCAAGCUGCAUCUCAGCAGAUGGAGCCCCAGCCAGGAGGGCUUCAUCCACUGGGCUGUCCUUCAUUUUCAGUUCUUCGAAGAGCUGGUCGUUAUUCAGUGCACGCUUCUCUCCCUCAAGGCCCAGACUAGUAUGGCAGCAAAAGCUAUAAGCCACGACGAAGCCGUCUUCCGAGACGACACGCGAAUAUGGGAAACAGACAUCAAAGACAAUGGCGUGCGGCACAAGCUGGCCAUCUACCGGGACGACCUCACAGGCACCAAGCGUCUCUACGCGUGCGUUGCCAACGGCGAGCGGUACCAGGCAUAUACCCCCGCAUGGACAAUAUUUUUCAGCAAUCGCAAAGCAAAGCCGCAGAUGGAGUGCCUAGGCGACUACAAGCUCAUCAUCUACGACACAUCGCUGUACACCUUUGGCGACCGCUACCUUACCAGCAAACACAACCCUCGGUGUUUUGAGAUUACGUUUAGGCAUAGGCAGGACAAUCGCCAGUUGAAACACAUCUUCGAUGGGUCAUGCAGAAUACUCUAG